ACCGCUCAUUCACUUAACCCUAGUAACACAACCUUUUCUUGGCUAUUUGCGUACGCGUAUUGCAUAUACAUUGUUGUUGUUGUGAGAAACUGGCCGCCGUACGUGCGUAAUUUUCCAAAAGUGGGCGAUGGAGCCUCCGCGCGACGCCUCUCUGUGUGCGCCAUAUUAAUGUGUUGUAGCUACAUGUUCUUGAAAAUGAGGAAUCAUGACACUCACGGAAGGUGGGAUUACUUUCAUGAAAUCACUUGAACAAAGUGGGGAAAUUUGGGGAGAAGACUGAGAGGAAGCGAGCGGAUCAUCUGCGGAGUGGUACCCACACAGGAAAUGAUGGAUUAUCAACAAAGCUGCACAUUGUUGGAGAAUAUGACAUCUGUGAAAGUUGCAGGACAGGCCCUCAAUGUGGGGCAUUGUUCGGCACAUCAUUUAUCUUCCUUUCACUGCACUGCCUGUAGUCGAGGAGGAGUUUUAGUUUGCAGGGAAAUGCGAGCUAGACCUCCUCAACAAACAGCUCCAACAGACGACCGACGGACUGGACUGAGAAUCUGUGCUGAUGAAAAGAUGAGAUCCAAAAGGAAAAGGCCAGAAGCCCAGGGCUUUCUGGAAACCUGCCAUGUGACAUUUGGCUGCCAGCGCUCCAUCAGAAGGUCAAAGGGGACCCCGGUGCACAUUUAAUGGAAAUGCAGAAAACCAGUGCGACACAAAACACCCAGCACCAUGACUUCUUCAGCGAGUCUUUGGAGGAUGUUAGUGGGUUUGCGUACACUCAUCAAGCAGCCUCACAAGUGGAGACGUUUGAGCGCACGUUUCCCCUGAGGUCAAAACAGCAAAACCCCAAGUUCCCUAUGAGCAAAAAGAUUUUCCCCUGGAUGAAAGAGUGCAGACACUCAGAUCAGAAACAAGGCAGAAGAAUCGCAGACUGCACCGUCAACGAGAAGUGCCCAAGCGCGACACCGGCCUCCAAGAGGACGCGCACCGCGUACACGAGUGCGCAACUGGUAGAGCUGGAGAAGGAGUUCCACUUCAGCCGCUACCUGUGCAGGCCGCGGCGGGUGGAGAUGGCCAACCUGCUCAACCUCCAGGAGAGGCAGAUCAAGAUUUGGUUCCAGAACCGGAGGAUGAAGCAGAAGAAGGAUGAGAGAUUGCAGGGCCUCACCACCACCACCACCACCACCACCACUACCACCACUACCACCUCCUCCUCACCUCUUUCCUCACCCUCCGCACCGGGCAGCCCCACUCUGUCGAGCCUGGGUUAUGUCCAUCUGGGCGGGGAUUACCAGCCGGCCUCCCCUCCGCUCAAGUCCCAACAACACCAGCCGGCGUACACGGCAGAAUACUCCAAAUAUCCAGCUCCAGGCUUCACGCACGGCCCGCAAUUUAAUACGCAGUACAACACGCACAGCACCUCACACACAACAGACCCUAAUGUGGAUCUUAACUUGUCAUAUUUCCCACAGAGCUGCACUCAGGACAGAAUCAUGCAAGCCCCGAAACUGAGUCAUCUGUAGACACUCAGUUCCUCUAGCCUCCAGAAAAACUUUCCUUUUAAUUUAUAGAGGAAGACUCCACUGAUCUGUCUUGAUGCAUGCUAUUUAUUUUUAUUUAUUUUCACAAAUUAAUCUAAAUAUUAGUCUCAAGUCUUAUUUAUUUUUAUUUAUUCAUCUUGUGCAUUUUAUAUUGUUGUGUUAAAGUUUACAGGCGGGCCUCUUCUAAUCAUUUUUAGAGAAAUUAGGAAAGGCUGUAAUCCAGCCCUGUGUUGUUUAAAUUAUAAUGUUCACUGCUGUUGUUUCAGCUGCACAAAUAAACGCAAUUUGUUGAGAUUUCCCCACCAGACUCUCCAGAGUAAACACUUCUCCUAGAGCCAGUAUAUAAAAACGAAAUGACGACUGUAAUGCAGCCAAAACGUUGGAAAAUUUCCUCUUUUUUUUGUUAAAGCUUAAUUAGCACUUGAGGUCUACAUCACAUUAACUCUUACUUAAUUACAGGGUCCUUAUACGGAUGAGUGUGGACGUGAUAGGUUUUUGGAUGAUAUUACAUUAUAGUCGUGGUGUCGUUAACUCUCAAGCAUGAAAAAAAAAUGAAGUCAUGAAAAAAAAAGGCUAUAUGGUUCUUAAAUGCUUCUUUGUUCUUUUAUGGGUAAAGUGGGCCACACAAGCUGUCAAUCUUUAAAAAGAGCGCAUGAUGGAUCACUGAAUCCACUGCGUUGCUUUUCAGUCAGUCUGUCUGCAGGAUUCAUGUUGUGGAAAGGCCGGAGAAAUGUUUUGGUAACAAGCCAAUGCACCUUUUGACCGGACUUAUACUAAAUUUAUAGCAAGUUGUCGCCAGUGAUUUCUAAAACGUGAACACUGAAAAUGAAGCUUAAAUUACUGCACAACAGAAAAUAUCACAGCUACACAGCUUAUAGGCCAUAAAUCAAAAAAGGUUAACAAUCAAUAUGUAGGAUUAAUACUUGGACUUUAUUAUUUUAUAUUAUGUUUGCCUAGGUUUGCAAAAUUAAUAAUUUAGCAGUCUAUGUAACUUUUGACAUAUUCAAGCCAAUGAUGUGCGCCUUAUUUUGUAUUGUAUGGAGAUCAUCAUUAUUAUACCAUGCAUUACACUUACACACAUAUAUUGUCAUUAUUUGAAAUUAUUGUCAUUAAUUUGUCAUUUUGAGCUCAUCUAACACUGUGGCCUGAAAAUGUGCCCUGAUGUUUGUGUUCUUAUCAGAUGGAUGAGCGAGUUUGAUUGAAG